AAAGAAUCCUUACGAAAAUAUGUUGCUCGAUAUAAUCAGGUGUGUUUGGAGGUGCCCACGGCGGGUGACGAGGUGAAAGCAGGAGGAUUGAUUAGAAGUCUACGGCCAGGACCAUGUCGAACGUCGCUGGCAAAGACGCCUGCUCGAACUUACGAUGAGGUGCUCAAAAGAUGCAAGAAGUACAUUAACUUGGAAGAAACGGAAGCAGAGUUUGCCAAGCUCGAGGACGUUGUGAAACCUGAGCAGAAGAAGGGAAAGACGAGCUCGCCUAGGAGGGGAUCACCUAGGAAAAAUUCCCCAAGGGGAGGAUCUUUUAAGAGGCCGUCGCCCAGGAGGGAUGGGCGAAAUUCGUUCCGAGAGAGGCAAGAAGAUCGCUGGCAAGGGCGACCUCGGCAACCAAACGACCAAAGAUAUAAUCAUUUUACUCCUAUCAACGCCCAGAUGAGCGAAGUCUUGGCGACCAUAGAGGAGAAGUUGGAAAGCAAGGAAGUCACAUGGCCAGCGACCAGGUUCGAGGGACCGACCAAACCUAGGUCGAAUAAAUACUGCAGAUUUCAUAGGGAUUACGGACAUAAUACAGAAGACUGUAGGCACUUGAAAGACGAGAUCGAGCGUCUCAUACGGGCAGGGCACCUGAAAGAAUUUGUCAUUCGCGAUCGACCACGGGGUAAAGAAAGGAGAAGGUGCAGGGAAGAUUUUGUGGCGAGGAGUGAUAGGGACGACGAUGGAGAAGACGAUGCUAGGAGAGAAAGAAAGAGACGACAAAAUGAUGGUCGAGAGGAGCUGAGGGAGGAGGUGCCUGUGAAGAGGGGCACGAUUUACAUGAUCUCAGGAGGACCAACGGAUGGAGAUUCAAAUAAUGCACGAAAGGGGCAUGUGCGGGCGGUGAAGCGUAAAAGAGAGGAGGUCGGGAUAACUGGUUGGAUGCCUGUGAUUAGCUUUCGAGCAGAAGAUGCGGAAGGAAUCUUGUUACCCCACAAUGACGCACUGGUCAUCACAGCCGAAGUGGCAGGUUUCGAUGUGAAAAGAGUGUUCAUCGACACGGGGAGCUCAGUCGACGUGAUGUUCUACGAUUGUUUUGCGCAGAUCAACAAACACCUGAAUCUGGAAUUGAAACCGGUGGCGACAGCUUUAUACGGAUUUAACGGUGGAGAGGUAAUGCCAAUGGGCGAAGUGAGCCUGACCGUAGCAUUGGGGUCGGGCGAUUCGAGGAAAGUGAGAAUGAUCCGGUUU